AUGACGUCCCCUUUCGACAGGCUUGGUAAUGAUGUCGACAAUCAGGAAAUGGGGAGUUUGGGGAAGUUGCCUCAGUUAUGGCAGGAAGAUGAUACAGGAAAUAAAUCUAAUGCAACCCAUGGACUUUCGUUUUCAUCGGAAUACCAUGAAGUAGAUCAGCAACAACCACUAAAAGCUUUCCAUAAUUUGGAUGCCUUGUUUCUGGACACCACCCCUCCAUUUCCACCGUAUGAACAUCAGAUGCAGGAGCUUGCAACUAUUGAAUCUCAAUAUUCUGAGCUUGUUAAACCACAUGCAAAUCCUAAAAGGACAAAGACAACAAGUCCUGAUGUAGUACGCUAUGAAGUGAGUGGGCACAAGCUAUCAACUGAUGCAGUUAUUCGUUUAGGUGGAGAAAACUUCAUACAAUCUUGUUCAUCUUCGAUAAAUGAUAUGUCAAUGCCUAGCCAUCCGUAUAGCUCUUCAUUCUCUGUCUUUUCUAAUCAGAAAGCUAAAGAUAUUGAACUCAUUCAAAAUCUAUUACUUUCGGCACAGAAAGUCUCUCAGCAACAGUUUGAACGUUCGAUUAAGCUUCUCAAUUGGUGUGAUACGUUAUCUUCUAGUUCUGGAAACGCCAUUCAAAGGUUAGUGCACUAUUUCUCUAAAGCUUUACGACAGAAGAUAGCUAAUGAAACCGGAAGAAUCUCAUUCCAUGGCCCAGGAAAGGAACACGUAGAUUAUAUUGAAGAGAGAACGUUGAGCCCUAAUCCAACAUCGGUCUCAGUUUAUCAAAAGUUACCUUUUUUUCAAGCUGGUAAAUUUUCUGGGGUUCAGGCUUUGGUUGAUGCUGUAGCGGGGGCAACAAAAGUGCAUAUAAUUGAUCUCUCGAUCAAACAAGGUGUGCAGUGUACAAUUCUAAUGCAAGCUCUUGCAUCUCAACCCACUUGUCCCAUCAAACAUCUUAAAAUAACUGCUGUCGGGACUAACUUUAAAGAGAAAAUUGAGCAGACGGGUCAUUGGUUGAAGAGUUUUGCUGAAUCCAUAAACCUGUCUUUCUCUUUCAAUGUGGCUAUGGUGGGAGAUAUGUUGGAUUUUAAAGAAGAUCUCCUUGAGUUGGAUCCAGAGGAAGCGUUGGCCGUUUUCUCAUCAUAUGGUUUGUGGGGCAUGAUUGGGCAGCAGGACCGACUUGAAUCUCUGAUGAAAGUUAUAAAAAGUAUAAAUCCUCGUGUUAUGGUGGUAAUCGAAGGUGCAGCAAAUCUUAACUCACCCAACUUUGUGGAUCGUUUUAUUGAAGCUCUUUUCUUUUAUGGGGCGUUCUUUGACGCUUUAGAAGACUGUAUGGAUCGUGAAGAUGAAAACCGUGCUAUAACUGAAUCUGAGUAUAUGGGUAAUGGAAUAUGGAGCAUUGUGGCAACUGAAGGAGCGGAAAGAGUCAUUCGGAAUGUGCAUAUUAAUGUCUGGAGAAAAUUUUUCGCCAGGUUUGGAAUGAAGGAGACAGAAUUGAGUAUGUCCUCUUUAUAUCAAGCAAACCUGGUUACAGGUAUAUUUUCUUGUGGAAAUUCUUGCACUUUUGAUAUGGACGGAAAUUGCUUAAUUAUUGGGUGGAAAGGAUCACCAAUCCAGUGUCUCUCUGUUUGGAAAUUCUCAUGA